UUCCUCAGUUAGUUUUGAGACGUUAGUCAUAAUGGUCCACCUGGGUGUUUUCGCAAUUUUUCCAAUUAUUUUCGGGGUAACCUUAGGUGCUCAACUCAGUGACGCUGUUCGAGAAGUGCAUUUAAAAAAAUUGUCGAACGAGAGUAUGGAAUACGAAUUUGAAUACGAUUUGGACAACGGUGAUACAUUUCGUGGACAAACAUAUGCUGUGAUUGGUACUAUUUACUUUAUGUUUGGCCCUGAAGGUGAAAUUUAUUGGACCAACAUCUACAGCAACGAUUACAAAGAAGACGAAAAAUUCACUAAAAUUGUUCGGAAAGCUGAACGCGAUGGUGACGAAAUUGAAUUUAAAGAUGAUUCCAUUGGGUAUUAUAUGACGGUUGGUGGAUACAUUAAAUACCUUCCAUAUGCCACUAAAUGGGAUCUGAAAAAUAUUUGUUUUACCAAGGCUGCCGACAAUCAAACCUUUAAUUUUACUAUAUCCUCAUUGAAUAAUUCGAAGAAGUAUAAUGGCACGACGUAUCUUGAAGGAGACGAUCCCAAAAUUCAGCGCUUAGGAGUGAUUGGUGGUGCGAGCUGUAACGGAGGCGUUUAUGAAAUUCACUUUACAGAUGUUGAGCUACUCUCCGACGAAGUUUUCUGUCGGGGAUACGAUAAACCUAUUGAACUACAAACAGCACCAUUAGGAACCGCAGUGGGAAUGUGGUUAAAUCCAAGCCUUUUAAAGACAUUGGUUGGAUAAGAAAAGUUCAAUACAAUCAAUAAGUCGAAUGGUAUUUGAAUGGUAAUUUUAAUUCAGAAAGGAAGCACCAAAUGCAGACAACGAACCUGUUGCAGCACAAACAAUUUAAUAAAUAAAAUGAAGUCUGUCC